UUUUUGAAUAAUAAUUAGCCGCAUAACUUCCGUCCGUCAUGUCAUACAGAAGUUAUGACGAAUAAGACAUUGUGACUAAUUGAACAAUUCGGUUAAGUUUUUAUCUUACAAGCAGGGUCAACAUGUUAGCAACACAUCGAUGGAUCUUUUAUCUACUUUUAUCUAAAUACUCCCUUUCAACAGAUGGGUUCCAGUGGUCAGAUGCCCAACAGUCAAGUCAUGUGACCAGUACAAGCCUUGGCUUGCAAGCUUCACUCCCAUGUGAUUAUAUGCUGACAUCAUCAGAGCGUGUGAGCAUGCGCACCUUCCAUGUUAUGGCUUGGAGUAAGGAGGAUCCCAAGGGAAGUGGGAACUGGACUGGUGUAGCCAUCAAGUCGAGCUUACAGCCUGAACCCCAGAUCAUCUACCAGCGAGGUCAAAUACAGAUGGAAAAUAACACGCUUAUUAUAUCUCAAGUAUCACUUGAUGAUGACUCUAAUUACAAGUGCGAAAUUAGCAGUAGCUUUUACACCACACCAUUUGUGGCACAGCUCAAUGUGCUAUUUGCUCCGAUGGAUGCUCAAAUCUCGACCGAAGCCGUUGCCAUACCGCAUGGAGAGAGCCUUAAGAUGGAAUGCAAAGCACGUGCAAACCCCGCACCAAGCUACGCAUUCUUCCUGAAUGACAAUCUUCUACAGAACACAUCAUCUGGUCAGCUCGUUAUCAAGACUGCAUCAUCCCGCUUUCACGGGGGAACAUACUCUUGUGUGCCCACAAACAUUCUAGGAAGGGGGUCAGCAGCUACUGUGACUAUUUCAGUGCUGGCUCCCCGCCCAAGUGAGCCCAGCUCCCCCCUGAGUAUAGAGUACAUCGCCGCAGCAGCAGCAAUUGGUGGAGCGCUGUUAAUCAUCAUCAUCAUCCUCAUCACCAUCAUAUGCCACAACAAAAAGCCAACAGAAGAAAGUGCAGAGACCAAAUGCCGUAUGAGGACCAACAAGCCAGUAGUCAUGCAAGUGGAUGCCGCUGAGUCUUAUGUCGGCCCUGGAAUGUAUAGCAGCCAAUCACUUGAAGUCGUGAACGACAGCCAGUACAUCACUGGCAGAUGCAGGUUAUCUAGCACCCUCAGCCUGCAGAAUUGCGACCUCGGCACACCACGUGUCACCCAGUUAUGACGUUCUUAUACCCUCCUGACACAUAAAUGACGUCACCUUGUCUUCGUGUUAAAUUCAUAACGUUACCAUGACGUCACUAUGACCUCGAAACACACAGAGAUCACAUUGAGUUGAAAACAUGUCAUGGCGCAACGAGCGUGUUGAACACGUGUUUUAUUCCAUAUGAUGUCACUGUUUCAUAUAUGACGUCACUAUGCCUUGACAAUGGUAUAGCGCCAACAUGGCCCAGAACGCACAAUGACGUCACCAUGCCCUGCAAAGACAGAUAUGACGUCACUAUGCCCUCGAAACACAGAUAUGACGUCACAAUGCCUACCAAACAGAUAUGACGUCACCAUAAUCUUUGAAACAGAUAUUCCCUCCAAACACAGAUGUGACGUCACGGGAUUCAAACAUUUUAAUGGCGACACGAACGUGUUGAUUCAAAAUUACAGAAUUCUUUUUUUUAAUAAUUUUUUUGUUAAGACGUUUGACAUUUUUAAAGACGCCACAAUGUUCUAUUUGCACGCAGCUCUCACAGCUUCGCAAUUAGACCAGAAGUCACAAACUAUUUUGUUUUACUUUUCAAAGCAAAGCUAAAAAAGGAGAGAGGAGUUUUCGAGAGAGUGCAUACAUGAGCGUCCAUGGGUUGGUGUAGGUGGGAGGACCGGUUGCAUCUACUUCGGCCACUUAAAGUCGCAAAAUCAUUAUAAUGAUAUAUUUUCUUUAGUAUUAUAUCAUUCACAACGCCUCCCUCGCUCUAUGGAAGGGAGAGGGGGAACUAUUCUCUAGGCAAGGAAGUGAAAGCAAGAAUAUAAAUAUUUUUUACAAUAUGUGUAGACAGGGUUUUUUUAAUUACUACCACCAUUAUUUAUAGUUUGUACAUAAAAAUGGCGAAAUAAAAAUUUUACGCUUUU